CGUGACGCCGUGACGCGCGCAUCGAUUCACGGGCCGACGACGAGGGUGCAAGGGCGGGUAGACGCAACUACGGCCGAAAAUCAAUCCCGAACGCGUGUAUCGCACUCGCGCGCGCGACGACGAGGAAAAUAAUCGGCGAGGCUGUUCUCCUGCUGGGAGAGGCGAGAAGGACGGUGACAUCCGAGCCGGUCGCGAUGCUGAAGAAAUUUUUCGGCAAGUCCGGCCGCAGGAUCCUGCGGGCAAUCAAAAAGCUGUCCACUAAGAGUCGUAAGGCCAAAAGGUCGCGCAAUCCCAGCUCCUGGCAUACGGCCAUUCCGGACCUCGAAACGACCUCGCUUUCGUGGUCUCUGCCAUCCUUAGACACCAAAAGCAUCGACACGUACAUGACGUACGUUGCCGAGAACCAGGACGACUGCACGUCGAGUUGUUGCUGUUGCGACGAAUACGAAGAGAACCAGAAGAACGAGAAUAGAGAAAACGAGAUGAUAAUCUAACAUCCGCAUCCAUAAGCGACAUGUAUCGCUCGUUCAUUUAUCGCUAUUCAAAUUCGUCGGCAGUCUAGCCGUCCAAAAGGGUGGCAAAGAAUCGCAGGCGUACGAUUCUUAAUGAUAUUUAACCCUUAACCGGUAAGUAUACGAGUAUGUUUUUUAUUUCUUGACAGUAUUUCUGUUAAUGCAAUCGCAAUGCAAUAACGACACCAAAGAGAAUGCUCGUCGAAAAUGUAUAAUCGGUUAAGGGUUAAUCACGAUCCCCUCCGUAAUCCGUUCCACGCACAGGGAGCGCUUUCGCUCUCUUUUAUUUUUUGAAAUAUAUCGUAUCAUCGAAUGAGAGAGAAUGAAAAAGAGAGAGAGAGAGAGAGAGAGAGAGAGAGAGAGAGAGAGAAGUUUUAUAAACUUUAAAUUAUUAUAAUUAUCGUAUCAUACGAUUUUUCAGUGCAUUAUCGUGAGAUAAGAAUGUGGAAAGAAGCGAUGCUUUAUUUCCACACAAUUAGUCUUCCAAUCUAGAUUUAUCGAUUUAUUUUAUAGUUUGCGUUUUGACGUUUGCACUUAUUUUGAUCUCAUUUAGUUACGUAAUUUCAACAAUGAUAAUGAUAGAUAUAUAUUACAUAUUUAUUACCAUAUAUGUUCGUCGCGUUAUAAUUACAAUAAUUUAAUAAUGAUUACGCAAACGCGAUUAUACGUUCAAAAUUAAAUUGAUUGUUGACUUAAUCUAUUCAGUUCGAUGACAAUUUUUUCCCCACAUUUUGUCGUACAAUAAAAGAAAAAAGCGCGACAUUUCUUCUCUUCGCGCGUCAUCAUCUCUUUCAAUAUAGAUAAUAGCAAUAUGUGACGUAGUACAAAAAAAUAUAUAUCGCCUAGCGUGUUAUCAUUCACGGAAGAAUGACAUUCGAAAUAUAAUACAACUUUUUUCCACCUAUCAUGUAAUUUUAUCACAUCGAGUUUAACUCGCAUAAUGAUUCUUUUGCAAGAUACAAUUUUUUUCGAUAUCGUGCACUAUUUCAAGUAAUCAAUAAUUUAUUUUCGCGCGAGACGCUCAAAAGCUACGCCAAAGCUGCACGUUUACAUGACGGAGCUUCUCCAAAUAAUUCAUUGAAGAUUAUAAUAAAAGAGAUUUUAUAGAAAAUUAAAUUUUUUAAUAUAAUUAAAGUAAUAAUUAUAAAUUAUAAUAAUAAAGAAGAUUAAAUUGUUUACUUUUCUAUUUGAAUUAUACACUCGCAUACGUCUUUUUGGGGCAGCUUUCGAAUAUUGACAAAUCAAAGCGUAAAAUUUAAUUAAUCAAUCUCACGUAGGACACUCUAAUUUCCUCCGCUAUUUAUCAAUGAAAGGGACUUUGUAACUCGAUGUCGUCGUCACGUUGAUCGUCCUAAGUGUCCAAUAUUUCUCGCGUUUAUGGUGUGCCUGUUAGAUUAGUUAGCCGAUACAAUCGAUCCUUGAUACAAGUAAACUCAUAUUUUUAUUCCUCGGAAUAAAAGUAUCGUAUAUUUCGAGACAAAUAAUACUUAAAAAAAAAUAUUGUACUUAAGCGAACGAAUUUUCUACGAUUUCGUUUCAAUCCUUUUCGACAAAUUCGAGUUAUUGGGUAUCGAGGACCUUUAUAAUGCAAUAAAUCGCACCGGCCUGGUCACCCGAACCGAGGUUUUUUAUUUCCGAUUUAUUUCCGGCACCUU